CGGUUGCCCGGACAACACUGGCGGCCCCCCCUGGGGGCGGGGCUCCGCGGUCUUCGCCUACGCGGCGCUGGCAGGCGCUGCCCUGCGGGCGGGGGGCGGGCGGGGGGCGGAGCCGGGGCGCGCGCCGCGCUCGGGCCACUGGGCGCGCGGGCGGCCGGGCCUGGGGGCGGCGGCCGCGGGGAUGGCCGGGGCUGCAGGUGGGGCGCGCGCCCGGCGGCCGGGGCUCCCCUCUCAGCGGCCGCGGCUUUUGCGCCUGCCCGGGGGGCCGCCGCAUCCGCGCCGCUGAGGCCGAGGACAGACCGACAGACAGCCCGCCCUCCCCCGCUCAAACCGGGAUCAUGACGGUCCCCAAGGAGAUGCCCGAGAAGUGGGCCCGGGCCGGGGCGCCCCCCUCCUGGAGCAGAAAGAAGCCCUCUUGGGGGACAGAAGAAGAAAGGCGGGCGCGAGCCAACGACCGGGAAUACAACGAGAAAUUCCAGUAUGCGAGUAACUGCAUCAAGACCUCCAAGUACAAUAUCCUCACCUUCCUGCCUGUCAACCUCUUCGAGCAGUUCCAGGAAGUUGCCAAUACCUACUUCCUGUUCCUUCUCAUUCUGCAGUUGAUCCCGCAGGUGUCCUCCCUGUCCUGGUUCACCACCAUCGUGCCUUUGGUUCUCGUCCUCGCCAUCACGGCUGUUAAAGACGCCACCGAUGACUAUUUCCGCCACAAGAGUGAUAACCAGGUGAAUAACCGGCAGUCCCAAGUGCUGAUCCGUGGGAGCCUCCAGCAAGAGCCAUGGAUGAACGUCUGUGUUGGUGAUAUCAUCAAGCUGGAAAAUAACCAGUUUGUGGCGCAGCGAGCCCCACGGCCUGUGUUACAUAGAGACAGCAGAACUCGACGGGUAGGUCAGAUGCCCAGCGCCACUCAUCUCCUGCCUCCUUCAGGGGAGACCAACAUGAAAGUGCGCCAGGCGAUCCCAGUCACCUCGGAGCUGGGAGACAUCAGUAGGCUCGCCAAGUUUGAUGGGGAGGUGGUCUGCGAGCCGCCCAACAACAAGCUGGACAGGUUCAGCGGGACGCUGUACUGGAAGGAGAGCAAGUUCCCGCUGAGCAACCAGAACAUGCUGCUGCGGGGCUGCGUGCUGCGCAACACCGAGUGGUGCUUCGGCCUGGUGGUGUUCGCGGGUCCCGACACGAAGCUGAUGCAGAACAGCGGCAGGACCAAGUUCAAGAGAACCAGCAUCGACCGGCUGAUGAAUACGCUGGUGCUCUGGAUUUUCGGGUUCCUGGUCUGCAUGGGGGUGAUCCUGGCCAUCGGCAAUGCCAUCUGGGAGCAUGAGGUCGGAACGCGCUUCCAGGCCUACCUGCCCUGGGACGAGGCGGUGGACAGUGCCUUCUUCUCUGGCUUCCUCUCCUUCUGGUCCUACAUCAUCAUCCUCAACACCGUCGUGCCCAUAUCGCUCUACGUCAGCGUGGAGGUCAUCCGCCUGGGCCACAGCUACUUCAUCAACUGGGACAAGAAGAUGUUCUGCACGAAGAAGCGGACGCCCGCGGAGGCCCGCACCACCACCCUGAGCGAGGAGCUGGGCCAGGUGGAGUACGUCUUCUCCGACAAGACGGGCACGCUCACGCAGAACGUCAUGGCCUUCAGCAAGUGCUCCGUCAGCGGCCGCAGCUACGGGGACGUGUUCGAUGUCCUGGGACACAAAGCCGAAUUGGGAGAGAGGCCAGAGCCUGUGGACUUCUCCUUCAACCCUCUGGCUGACAAGAAGUUCGUCUUCUGGGACUCCAGCCUCCUGGAGGCCGUUAAGAUGGGCGACCCCCACGCGCACGAGUUCUUCCGCCUCCUUUCUCUGUGUCACACCGUCAUGUCCGAAGAAAAAAACGAAGGCGAGCUGUACUACAAGGCGCAGUCCCCGGACGAGGGCGCCCUGGUCACCGCGGCCAGGAACUUCGGUUUCGUGUUCCGCUCUCGCACUCCCAAAACCAUCACCGUGCACGAGAUGGGCACAGCCGUCACCUACCAGCUGUUGGCCAUCCUGGACUUCAAUAAUAUCCGCAAGCGGAUGUCCGUCAUCGUGCGGAAUCCAGAAGGGAGGAUCCGACUCUACUGCAAAGGGGCCGACACUAUCCUGCUGGACAGGUUGCACCCCUCCCCCCAGGAGCUGCUCAGCACCACCACGGACCACCUGAAUGAGUACGCCGGGGAGGGGCUGCGGACCCUGGUCCUGGCGUACAAGGACCUGGACGAAGAGUACUACGGGGGCUGGGCCCAGAGACGGCUCCAGGCCAGCCUGGCCCAGGACAGCCGGGAGGACAGGCUGGCCAGCGUGUACGAGGAGGUGGAGAGCGACAUGGUGCUGCUGGGUGCGACAGCCAUCGAGGACAAGCUUCAGCAGGGGGUUCCGGAGACCAUCGCCCUCCUGACGUUGGCCAACAUCAAGAUCUGGGUGCUGACCGGGGAUAAGCAAGAAACGGCCGUGAACAUCGGCUAUUCCUGCAAGAUGUUGACGGACGACAUGGCAGAGGUGUUCAUCGUCACCGGCCACACGGUCCUGGAAGUGCGGGAGGAGCUCAGAAAAGCCCGGGAGAAGAUGCUGGACUCGCCCCACGCGGUGGGGAACGGCUUCACCUGCCCGGAGAAGCGUUCGUCUGCCAAGCUCCCUUCUGUCCUGGAGGCCGUUGCCGGGGAGUACGCCCUGGUCAUCAAUGGGCACAGCUUGGCCCACGCGCUGGAGGCGGACAUGGAGCUGGAGUUCCUGGAGACGGCCUGUGCCUGCAGAGCUGUCAUCUGCUGCCGCGUGACCCCUUUGCAGAAGGCACAGGUGGUGGAGUUGGUUAAGAAACACAAGAAAGCUGUGACGCUGGCCAUCGGGGACGGAGCCAAUGACGUCAGCAUGAUCAAGACGGCUCACAUCGGCGUGGGCAUCAGUGGCCAGGAGGGCAUCCAGGCUGUGCUGGCCUCGGACUACUCCUUCUCCCAGUUCAAGUUCCUGCAGCGCCUCCUGCUGGUGCACGGCCGCUGGUCCUACCUGCGCAUGUGCAAGUUCCUCUGCUAUUUCUUCUACAAGAACUUCGCCUUCACCAUGGUCCACUUCUGGUUUGGCUUCUUCUGCGGCUUCUCCGCCCAGACAGUCUACGAUCAGUAUUUUAUCACGCUUUACAACAUUGUGUACACCUCCCUCCCGGUCCUAGCCAUGGGGGUCUUCGACCAGGACGUCCCGGAGCAGCGGAGCAUGGAGUACCCCAAGCUGUACGAGCCAGGCCAGCUGAACCUCCUCUUCAACAAGCGGGAGUUCUUCAUCUGCAUCGCGCAGGGCAUCUACACGUCCGUGCUCAUGUUCUUUAUACCGUACGGGGUGUUCGCCGAGGCCACGCGGGACGACGGCACCCAGCUGGCCGACUACCAGUCCUUUGCUGUCACCGUGGCCACGUCCCUGGUCAUCGUGGUCAGCGUGCAGAUCGGGCUGGACACCGGCUACUGGACAGCCAUCAACCACUUCUUCAUCUGGGGCAGCCUGGCCGUCUACUUCGCCAUCCUCUUUGCCAUGCACAGCAACGGGCUCUUCGACAUGUUUCCGAACCAGUUCCGGUUUGUGGGCAACGCCCAGAACACUCUGGCGCAGCCGACGGUGUGGCUGACCAUCACGCUCACCACCGCUGUCUGCGUCAUGCCCGUGGUCGCCUUCCGAUUCCUCAAGCUGAGCCUGAAGCCGGAUCUCUCAGACACAGUGCGCUACAGCCAGCUGGUGAGGAAGAAGCAGAAGGCCCAGCACCGCUGCCUGCGCCGCGUGGGCCGCACCAGCUCCCGCCGCUCGGGCUACGCCUUCUCACACCAGGAAGGCUUCGGGGAGCUCAUCAUGUCGGGCAAGAACAUGCGGCUCAGCUCCCUGGCGCUGGCCGGCUUCAGCGCACGCUCCAGCUCCGGCUGGCUCGAGGGCCUGCGGCGCAAGAAGAGUGACAGCGCGGGCAGCCCCAGCGCAGGGCCUCACAAGCCCCUCAGGGGCUGAGGGCUGCUCCGGGGGCGCCCCGCACCCUCCCCGUGGGCUCUGUGCUGCCCACGGGCGCCUGCAGUGGCCACCUGCGGCCAGGCGCAGCGUUGAGGGGGCGUGGGGCCUCGAGCGGGCCCCAGGGAAGGAAGGGUCCGACGUGGAACCAAAAACUGAAGAAGUUGAGAUUGGGUCUGCCCCGGCCCUGCGCGGAUCCUGCAGGCAGACUAUAAUCUCUCUAUUUUUUUACUCCCACUCCCCAGAGGGGGCCGAGAGCCUCUGUUCCUGAAUUACACAAGAAUGUAUCACGCCGGGAAGCCAGAGAUCUGCUGCGGCCCACGGGCCCUGCACGUUGUGUGUGUCUCUCCUUGAUUGUGUUUGUGUCCAGUUCGGGUUUGUGUUUCUUAUUCGGCAGGAGAGGGGGUUUCUGAGUGACUUCUGUGUUGUGGGAACAGGAGGCCGGCCCCCAGGGGUGCCCUGGCUGGCUGGGGGGGGGGGGAAUCCGGAGGAACCAGCGCUCAGGGAGGAAGGCACCCGUCUGCCCGAGGGGUGCACAGAGCCCGGAGGAGGACUCGGGGCCGCCUCCUUCCCUCACCUUGAGAGGGACGUGCUCCUUCCUCCCCCAACACACGUGUCUGUUCCUGGUCCGUAAGUCCUGCUGGUGUUGGGCUGAGCCCGGGUGCACAGUCCUGUCAUGUCUGACCUAAGGCCGAUGGGAGAUGUAGUCCAGAAAAAGAUUUCUGUCAUUUUAAAUUUUGAUCUGAGUUCGUUAGCAGAGUCCUGCCUGUCUUCCUCUGGCAUCGUCUAGCAUUUUCCUGCAUCUACACCUGGGACCAGAGACGGGUCUGAAGGGGGAAGUUGACCUCUGCUUCUCCCUUCUUGUCCAUGGGGGGUCCCUCGCCUCCAGGCCCAGCAAGAGGUGUGGAGGAGUAGGAGGGCUGGGCCAGCCGGCUGGGGGCGGCGGUGCCGGGCUGGGCCUGGGCCUGUCCCUCCUUCCCCCCAUCCGCAGCCCACCUCGAGCUUCUGGGGUGGUUGCUCCCAGUUCAGCCCAGGUAGUGGAGCGGUUGCUGAGGGCUGGUGUGGGGUUGGGAAGGGCCCUCAGGUCUCACUCAGUGUGGCAGCCUCAAGGGAGGUGGGCUGGGCAGGGACCAAGGGGAAGCUCAACAGGGAAAUCCCUUUUGGCCACACAGUUUACAAACCCAACAUCAUGUCUGUUUGUGUGUCUCUCAAGGUGAGAGUCUGAUUUUUAUACCAAAGAGGAAAUGAUUUUUUUUUCAUAUUUGAUUUGUCUAUAUUAUAUAAAUAUAUAAAUAUAUAUAUAUAUACAGUUAUAUAUAUAUUAUUUUUUUGGUUCUCUCUCGUUUUUUUAGGGAGGGAAGCAGUACCAAGUUGCAUUGAGCUGUAAUUAAGGAACAGUCUGUAUAAUUUAUGACACAUUUCUAUACUUGCAAGAAUUAUAUCAUUUUAUGGACAUAAGAGAAAAAAAUGCCUUUUUAUAAAAUUCCAGUUUCUGAGAAGUGUGUAAUGUGUCUCUUUGCUAAUCUGUAAUCGAGUCCGGCAGUAAACGCAGAGACUUUCCGAAACGGGAUUCAGUGGGUGGGUCUGUGCUGAGGGAGGAAGCGGCGUCCGGGGGGUCUCCACACGGGUCCUGGGACUGAGCCUCAGCCCAAGGGGCCGUGGGCAGACGGGCCCUCGUGGGCACCCAGGCUGGGCACUCGGGGCCUGGAGCCGUUUGCUUUUCCGAAUAAGCCACCGCACGUUCCCACGCAGGGUGGCCGGCUGGGGAAAGAGCCAGGUGAAUCCAUGUUGAUGCUUUGGUACCCGACGUCUUGUUUUUCCCCCGGGCACCGGCCUCACGGCUUCCUGGCUUUUCACAGACGUGAACCUCAAGGAGCGCAGGUGUAGACCACGGCUGAGAAGGGAUGCUUCCCGGCAGGCAGCGGAGCAGGCGAGGCUGUGUCCUGGGUGUGCGGGGAGUGGCAGUCGGUUCCCCGGUGACCUAAGCAGCCCUUCCUGUCACAGUGACCGUCUUCUCCGCGUUCCGAGCAGGUGUGAAGCCCGGAGAGGAGACAGAGACGCCCCUUCCUCAGGAGAACUCGCCUGAGCCGAAGGCAGAGCUUAACGGUGCCGCCCAGGCGCCCCCCAAAUGCCUCCCCGGGAUCACCUUUGACCUCCACGUGACCCCUGGACCUUUCCAGGGCUGAGCUUACUUGCGCCUGACUUGGCUUCCAUCUCCUCCUCUGUGUGGUUUCACCCCUGCUUCUCCGGUCCUGGAGGCGCUUCCUCGCCACUGGGCUCUGAGCUCCUUGGUUUAGUCCAGGUCCUUAAGUGACAGAGUCACCUCGUUCAGCUCGAGACGGACUUCUGUCCCCUCCCGGCGCAGCCCCGGCCUCGGCACUCAGCUCUCGGUCGGACCCCCCAGCUCCUCUCAACAAGCCCCACACGGGACAUUAUUUUCCUCAACUUGGGCUGGUCUUGGCGCAGCGCCCCCCGCAGCGAGGGGCGCGCUGUCCUCAGGCCACCUGCGCCGGGCGCAACGCGGGUCCCCGAGGGAGGCCACCACCCUGCCCGAUGGCGCAGGGUCCGGGCCGCUGCUCACGGGGCUUGUGACCCAGGCUGGGUCGCGACGGCCCCGUGUCCACCCCGAGGAGGAGACUCAGAACAGACCCUUCUGCCGGGAAGGCACCGCGCUCAGGCCGGCCGGGCCCCACCAGGGAAUGGGCACAGGCGGGCGGUGGCUCCAGCCCCUCCGUGCCCACGGGAGCGGGUCCCU